AUGAACGAGGUAGCUGAUGCCUUCUCUGCUGCCCUUGGUCGCAAGAUUCGUUAUGUUCCACUUGAAUGGGAUGAAUGGAAAGCCACAACAUUAAAAGAACAUGUAUCAAAAGGUGAUUGGGAACAGCAUGCUGCUGAUCAUUUGGCCAAUUUAGCUCGUCUCGUUCAGAAAGGCACCGUUGAAGUAUCUCCAAAUGUUGAACUUCUGACAGGAUCACCUGGAAUGGAUUACGGGGAAUGGGCGAACGAUAAGCAUACUAUAAGAUCAAAUAGGGUAAAGGAAACUUCGAAGACUACUCCAAUGUCAUCGAACGAAAGGCAUUUCGUCUGUCCAUUUGAGGGUUGCAACAAUCGAUGUAAUCGCCAGCAUCCUGAUUAUAAUAAUCCUGGUGGUCGUCCUAGUUGUGGUGGUAGUUAUGGUAGUAGUGGUCGUGGUUAUGGUAAUAAUGAUUUUUAUAAUUAUCAUCCUGGUCCUUCUGGUUGUCCUGAUCCUAGUUAUUAUGGUCCUGGUGAUCCAUGUGAAAAAUGCGGGGAUCCUGUUCUUACUAGUUAUAGUUGCAAACAAUGUAAUCAUAAAUAUUGCUAUACUUGCUGCUUUCAAUAA